CCGAAAUUUGGCGUGCCCUUGCAUGUCCUCCCUUCCCCCUGCCCUUACUCCCCAACCUGGUGUCUCUUACCUGGAGCUCCAAUAGCAGCGAGACGUUCCUACAGAUCCGGUUGUUUGUAAGCCCCAAAAUCACGAUACUCCAUCUCACUCCCCACACCCUUGGCCCAUUUGAACACUCAGUCUUAUCAUGUAUCGCAAUGCUGUGCCAUUCUGUCUCGCAUUUUUGUUGCUGGCGUGUUCCAUCCACAGAAUCAGAAGGCUCCUCGGUUGCACUACAGUGUUGGUCUCAUCUAACAUCAGUGGCCACUUCAAUACUUUCGGAAGCCACCAUACUACACCUAUCCAAGCUGCCUUCGCUCCAGUUCCUACAGUUCAAAUUACCGUCAACACCUAUGUCUGUGGAUACACAAAAGCUGCAGCAUCCUGUAUUCUGCGCGUUGCAAGAACUGAACAUAGAAUCCAGCAGCAUGGGACUCUUAAAUGCUUUUUUCAAGAGGUUCUUCGUUGCCCAAAAUCAUUACCUCUUGAAAUCUCUGUUGGUGUGGAUUCCACAUGGCCCUGCCGGCUUCGAUCUCCCGCCUAUCUAAUGGGCGUGCAUACGGCUCACUGGAACAGAUGGAGUCUCAGCAUCGAUAAUCAAUCUGAAGGUUGCAUCACCCCAAUCAAAAUUGCAGUUUUCCGACCACUCUGUGCUUUCCGCAAUCUUCGCAAGCUUGAGUUCAGGGCCUACGACAACUAUAUCUUGCGAUGGGAUGACGCCGCCCUAUUGCAGAUGGCUAAGGCCUGGCCCCUCCUGGAAGUGCUACAUCUCAACAAAUAUGACCAUUCGAGUCGUGGAGUCACUCCAGGCGCUUUCCUUUCGCUGUUGCAGCAUUGCCCGCGUCUAGUCUCGGUGACCGUUAUUGUGAACUGGUCUACUAUCGACGGGCGCGCUGUGUCACUGGAUGCUCCCUACCGAGGAUUUGCACAUAAGGCAAUAUCUGAGGUAUUCUUUGGCAGUCCAAGGAUUCGCCAUCCGACAAGGAUUGCCGCUUUCAUCUCAGUCAUCAUGCCCAGUCUUGGAUCAAUCGUUACAUGGCACCCAGAAUUCGGUAGUAGGAAACACCCAGACUCCGAAAAAUACUCCACUAGGUGGAAAUGCGUCCAGGACUUGAUCAAGAUUUUCUCCGCGGUGCGUGAGCAGGGGAGGAGGAUGGUGCUGAAUGCAGGCGAAGGAGCUGAUGGAAGCGAAGGCCCAUACAACCACUAUGGAAUCGCACAGUUCGUACAUGAGCCCAAAAAUGGAGAUGCGGCGAUUGAUGGUGACAAUGAGGAAGAUGGAGAGGUUUCUGAAGAGGAUGGCGGAAGCGAAGAUGAGUCGGAAUAUAUGUCUGACAAACCCUCAGAGGAGGAAAAUGAAGAGAAUGGCGGAAGCGAAGAUGAGUCAGAGAUAUGUCUGACGAACCCUCAGAGGAGGAAUAAUGAAUUGAGACAUGGACGAUAACGAACAACACUGUUACCUAAGGAUGGUCGCCUGUCCUUGUCUCGCUGGUUGGAAACUCCUUGCCACAUAUCACAGCUCUUUGGACUAUCAUGCCUCGAGUCAGACUCAUCAGUGUCGUCAUCUAGUGUGUAGGUCCAGUAUGAUAACUGCGUGAGGAUUAUCAGCAUCGAGUCAAGAAUACCAUAUGCAUCGCUCUCUAGUUCUUGUUUGCUUUUCCGUCACUCC